ACUUUUACCACGUGUAAACCUACGCCUACUUAAAGAUGGCCGUCAGUUAUCAGGGACAGUCAUUGCCUCUUGGAGACAGUGAUGUUGAGAGCGAGGAGGAAUACGCCGUGGCCCCCCAAGAGGAAGAGGAUACAGAGGAGCAAAAGAAGAUGAAGGAGCUCGUCACUGCAAUCAAGAACGGUUUUAUUAAAAAAGUUCGUGAGAUCCUAAACGAGCCAAUAUCAGACGACCUCAUUCAGGGGCGUGACCAAGAAGGCCACUCCCCUCUUCACUGGGCUGCCCUCGGAGGUUACAACGAGAUAUGCGAGCUUCUAAUGGAGAGGGGGGCACCCAUUAAUGAACACAGCGACAACGACUACGGACCACGACCUAUUCACUGGGCCUGUGUCCAUGGUAACGUGGUCACCGUCGACCUCUUCCUUGAAAAAGGUGUCCAUAUUGACACGUCAGAUCUUAAUGGUUGCUCUCCGUUGCUCAUCGCUGCCCAGUACGGUCAGUCUUUGGUACUGAGUUACCUCUUACAAAAAGGAGCUAAUAAGUUUCAUGUUGAUAUUAACGGAGAUACUGCGUUACAUUGGGCCGCUUUUAAAGGUUUUCCUGAAAUCGUAUUCUUAUUACUAAAUGCUGGUUUGGAUCCUAAACAGAAAGAUUCUUAUGCUCAAACUCCAAUGCAUUCUGCUUGUAUCAAAGGCGACAUCCAAGUUGCCGAAAUGUUACUGGAACAUGGUGCUUCAAUAGAUGACGUUGAUAAUAAUGAGAAGACCCCAAGGAUGCUUGCAAUCAAGAGGAGACAUCAUCGAUUAGUCCAGCUGCUAGAUGGAAGGGACAUUCCUACGCAAUUAUGGGAUUGGAAGACUUGGGUAUUUGGUCCGCCAUCUCGUCAAAGGGUUUCCGUCACUUUUUUUGUCUGUGCCAUUCUGUUUUGGGGCUACCCUAUGUAUUAUUGGAAAGUUGUUCCCCUUACAUUUGAGACCUCACCGACCCUACACCACUCCUUUAUUAUCGGUAACAUACUACUAUGGAUAUUCUUUGUUUGGCUCAAACUGAGUAACCCUGGCUUUAUCAAACCUAAUAUAGAAGCAUUUGAACGAGCGCAGAAACUAGUUGGUGAUCCUACCUCUUGGGGUGAAUAUAAUGACUUACACAAUCCGGUAUACAACAUGUGUCACACAUGUAAAACCGUUCGACCGAUUCGCUCCAAACACUGCCGCCAGUGCAACAUGUGUGUGGACCAUUUCGACCACCAUUGUCCAUGGAUUGAUAACUGUGUCGGGAUUAAAAACAGAGUCCCGUUCUUUUUCUUUGUCCACAUCAUGCUGUUUGAUGGCUGCUUGACGUACCUAAUGGUGUACCAGGUUCUUAAAGCCGGUCAGGGUGGGUUCUUCGUUUAUAUCGGAAUAAUAAGUCUCAUCUUUUUCAGCUUCCCUGUCAUCAUUAUGUUGGGAUACGUGUGGAUGCUAAUGCUUGUCAAUAUGACUACUAAUGAAAGAGCAAACCAUAAAAGAUACAGACAUUUCCGCGACGUCCACGGUCACUUCCACAAUCCUUUCUCUCGUGGCGUUUUCAUGAAUAUACUAGAGUACUUUAAUAUCGUCGAACCUGCACAUCUUAAGAAAAAACCCACGCAAAGUUUUAUAGCAUGAAAAUACACUGGGAACUUUAUCUAGGUUGAAAUUAUUAUUAUUAUUAUUAUUAUUAUUAUUAUUAUUAUUA